AUGCCGCAACCAGCGCCCCCGCCAGAGCUCAACAUCCCAGCGUCAAAGCAUACAGUUGAUGUCUCCAUCAUUGACACCACAGGAUUCGUCGGUAAUAUGCCAGUGCACCUCUUCAUGAACCCUGUGCUUCCUGGAUACGACAAGAUCAAGGCAGUCUGCUACGCCUUCUCCAUCAAGCAUAGCAAUCCGGAGCAACCGAGCAAGUACGACCACUUGCUUUUCGAUCUCGGGCUCAGAAAAGACGUCGAAAACGCCCCCAAGUCCAUUGUCGACGGCGCAAAGCAAGGAGGUUGGGACCUCAAGGUUGAGAAGAAUGUCGCCGAUAUCUUGCAGGAGAAUGGGGAUGGCCCGGCGAAGGUCGGCGGCAUCAUCUGGAGCCAUUACCAUUUCGACCAUACCGGCGACCCGCAGACUUUCCCAUCAUCCACCGACCUCAUCGUAGGACCGGGCUUCAAGGAACGCUUUAUACCUGCUUUCCCAACCGUCGAGGACAGCCCGGUCGAUGAGCGCGCGUGGAAAGACCGCAAUCUGCGUGAGAUCGACUUCGCUACCGAAGGGAAAGGCCUCAAGCUAGGCCAGUACGACGCUUUCGACUUCUACGGCGACGGUAGCUUCUACCUAAUCAACUCGCCCGGCCAUGCAACAGGCCAUAUGUGCGGUCUGGCACGCACCUCCGCGGACCCGCCCGAGUUCAUCAUGAUGGGGGGCGACAUAGCGCACCACGGCGGCGAAUUCAGACCUACGCAAUGGCUGCCACUGCCCGAAAACAUUCAGCCAAAUCCUACCGUACCGCCAUAUACGAAGGAUGCUCCUGUCUGCCCAGGAGCCUUGUUCGAAGCCAUACAUCCGACUCACAGCUCGACGGAGCCGUUCAUGCACCCGAACGGCUCGUUCCACGACGACAAGGAGGUAGCAAUGAAGAGUGUAGGCCAUUUCCAGGAGUUCGAUGCUAACGACAAUAUCAUGGCUAUCAUUGCUCACGAUACGAGCAUCUUCGACCUGGUCGAGAAGUACCCCAAGCCUGCGAACGGCUGGCGGCAGAAGGGCUGGAAGGAGCAGGGUAGGUGGCAGUUCUUGAAUGACUUUGACACCAGUGUUGGGAAAGGAAAGGAGGGUUGA